CGCUGGGAGUGGGGCCUCUGUGGUGGUCCUGAUGCGCCCCAUACCGCAUUGUCUGUAUCUGCAGUCAACACAGAGAGCCGCGGUGUGGGGAUUAAGCAGAGUCAGCUCUCUGUGAGCUCACACAUUGUAUCAGAGGAUGAAUUGUUAAAAGCAGUUAAAACCAACGAGUCAGUCCGCCUCGUAUUUACUCUUCAUUUGACCGAAACUACUUCCGUAGAAUGGGAAACUAUUAUUUGGCGCGGUACACUUUAUAUUCGGGUUCCAAGCUGUCUUCUUCCGGAGGGUUCGAAGGAGGGAUUUGUUUCUCUUCUUGAAUACGCUGAAGAGACUCUUCAUUGCAGUAAUGUUGUCAUCUGUCUCCGUAAAGAUCGUACGGAUCGAGCAAUGUUGGUACGUACCUUCAUGUUCUUGGGAUUUACAGUCCUACCUCCGAACCAUUCACUAGUACCACCAAAUUGUGACCCGGGUAAUCUCUACAUGCUUUACACAGUCGACGAGUAAUUUCCCACUCAAACUUCUCAAGUUUAUAGUUAAAAAUCCUAAAUCUCUUAAAAUAAAAAAACCAAAUAAAUUAACAUUCUAAUAAUCCCUAUCUAAUAUUCGGAAAAAACUUGAGAAUAAAAUCUUAAAAUCGUCGUAAAUUUUGUUUAAAUUAGAAAAUUGAUAUACAAUGACGUUACUAAAAAAACUUAAAAGUCAUAGUUAUUGUAUUAUGAAGUAGUAAACUAUAUUAUAAAAAGGUUUUAACAAUUCUCCUCGUUGAUACUCAAAAGAUGUGAUUUGUUUAAACAAGCUCGCAGAAACAUUUAACUCACACACACACAUUAUAAAUGGCUUAAGCGAUUCCAAAGGUGCCUCUUGUGACUUACUUAAUCAUCCGCCACGACGACGCCAAGAUAUCACGCGCCACUAAUAAUAUUUACAGCAACUUAUUAAUUAUUUAUUGAUGGUAAAUUUCAUUAUUAAUUACGUGGCAGAUUGGGACACUGGCUUUUUUUUAAUAUUAUUUUUUAGUAUUAAUUUUUAAAUUAUACUUUUAGUUUUAUUCAAUUAUUUUAUUUUAUUUUUUUUUUUUUAGUUAUAAAUUAACACUAUAAUUUACUUUUAAUUAAUAGUAUUAAUUAAUUAAUUAAUUAAUGUCAAUAUAAUGCAUUUGUGAAUCCAAUCAAUUAAUAAUUGAAAAUUACCAUUAAUAAAGGCGGUUUCUGUGUUGACUCAUACAGACACUUAAAGUAAUGAUAAAAAUAUAUAUAUAUAAAAAAAAAUUAAAAUCCAAAAAAAAAAGAUAAUUUAAAUUUAAAAA